AUGGCGAGAAAAGAUCCUCCAGACAACAUGUCAAUAGCGAAUUUGGAGCCCAUUGAUGUGGAUUGGCGCAUCCCUUUGAUCAAUUAUAUCAAACAUCCUGAUCACACCGCAGAUAGAAGGAUUCGCUACCUUGCCCUCAACUAUUUCCUCAGAAAUAAUGAGCUCCGUAGAAGAGGAGAAGAUGGCGUAGAUUUCAGAUUUGGUAUCCCAGAAGUUUUUAUUUUGGACCGAGGGGCAGCUUUCAUUGGUGGUGAAGUUGAUAAACUAGCAAGAGAAUGGGGAAUACAGUUCGUCCAUUCCAGUCCUUAUUAUGCUCAGUCUAACGGUCAAGCGGAGGCCAGCAACAAGAUCAUCAUCAAUUUGCUGAAGAAAAUGUUGGAAGCUAAUCCGCAACAGUGGCAUGAGACACUUUAUGAGACCCUUUGGGCCUACCGCACAUCUAAGUGGAAUCCCACCGCAACAACACCUUAUGCUUUGAUGUUUGGCCAUGAUGCAGUUCUGCCUUUGGAAGUCAACGUCCAAUCAUUACAAGUUCAAAAGCAACAUCAUCUCAUUGGAGAAGACUACGUUCAGGCUAUGUGGCAGGAACAUGAAGACCUUAGCGAAAAGCGCUUGGAGGCUUUAGAUAGUUUGGUCAUGGAAAAGAAACGAUUCACUUGCGCUUAUGACAAGCGGAAGCAGGGAAGGAGUUACAGAGAAGGAGAGUGGGUUUGGAAAGCAGUUCUCCCGCUUGGCGAAAAGUUAGAUGGUCGCGGCAAAUGGACUCCAAUAUGGGAAAGCCCGUACAUCGUUUAUAAAAUCUUAGAGAAAGGAGCUUUUCAUCUUAAGGACCUGGAUGGACAUGUCCAUCAUAACCCUAUCAAUGGGAGAUACUUGAAGAAAUACUUUCCCAAUGUUUGA